AUGUCUCGCCAACUUAUUUCCAGCGAAAAGUUCCCUCCUAAGCCCCACAACUGCCCAGCCACCAAAGUACCUGGUCUAGUCUUCUGUGCCGGACAGACUGCUACUGGCGAGAUUAAGCAGGCAACAAGAACUGUUCUCCAGAAUCUCAAAGAGGUGCUUGAGCUCUCCGGCUCAUCUCUUGAGCAGGUCGUCAAGUACAAUGUCUACCUGGCUGACAUGAAGGACUUUGCUGCUAUGAAUGAGGUGUACAUAGAUUUCCUGCCCCAGCCCAUGCCUUCGCGCUCGUGCCUCCAGGCUCUUCCUCCUGGUGACGGUACUGUCAUUGAGAUUGAGUGCAUUGCGCAGGCUUAGUUGGACUUGAAAAGUAAAAGAUUAGACCAGGUUUCAAUGGCUUUAUAGAUAGAGAAUGUCACUAUUAGCUUUAUAACA